GCUGCUCUUUGAUCCAGUCCACCGCAAAGCUGGUGCAGGGCAUGAUGCUGCAGGUAGUGGCUAUGUCUGGCACACAGGUGGCUCAACUUGGAGAGCAAGAACUGGGUCUUAUCCUGCAGAGUGAUAAACCGGUGAAAGCCCUGAAAGAGUUCCUCGCAGUUCAGAUUGCUGUGUCAAGGUUUCAGCUGAGACUUUUGAACCGGGAACUCAGUGAAUUGCGUGAGAAUGAUUCUUUAGCCCCAUGGAACGGCGUGCAACAUUUACAGUUGUUGGUGUUGGACUUGCAGUCUUCAGAUGCCGCCACCAACGAAGCCUUUAUUUCGGCAUGCGCGAACAAUCGUUGGGUUGAAGUUGUGCAGAUGCUUCAUAGCCCACAAGAUCCAAAUGUACGAGACGCGCAGGGAGGAACGGCUUUGCAUUCAGCAGCUUGCAAUGGCCACUUGGAAGUGGUGAGAGGUUUGCUGGAGGCUGGCAGUGACAUUGAGGCUACAAGGCGGCAAGAUGGCGCAACUGCUUUGCUUUUGGCAGCUCACCAUGGCCACUUGGAAGUGGUGCGAGCUUUGCUGGAAGCUGGCGCUGAAUUGAAUGCUAAGGCAGACAAUGGUGCCACAGCUUUGCUCUUGUCAGCUGUGCAGGGUCACUUGGCAGUGGUGCGAGCUUUGCUGGAAGCUGGCGCUGAAGUGCAUGCUAAGGCAUCAGAUGGCAGCACAGCUUUGCUUUUCGCGGCUUUCCACGGCCACUUGCAAGUGGUGCGAACUUUGCUGGAAACUGGCGCUGAAGUGAAUGCUAAGGCAGUAGAUGGCGGCACGGCUUUGCUUGCGGCAUCUCUGAAAGGCCACUUGGAAGUGGUCAGAAGUUUGCUGGAGGCUGGCAGUGACAUUGAGGCUACAAGGCGGAAAGAUGGCGCAACUGCUUUGCUUUUGGCAGCUCAUCAUGGCCACUUGGAAGUGGUGCGAGCUUUGCUGGAAGCUGGCGCUGAAUUGAAUGCUAGGGCAGACAAUGGUGCCACAGCUCUACGUUUGGCAGCUGGGCACCAUGAGCUAGCUGAGCUGUUGAGGAGACAGCUGUGAUUCGACUCGGC